AUGAACAAGAUACCAUAUGUAUCUGCUACUAGAUCCAUUAUGUAUGUCAUGUUAUGUACUCGAAUCGACAUCUCUUAUGCUUUAAGCAUUUGUAGCAGAUAUCAAUCGUAUCCAAGUGAGCGUCACUGGAUUACAAUCAAGAACACUCUUAAGUACCUGAAGAGGACUAAGGAUAUGUUCUUGGUUUGUGGAGGAGAGGAUGAACUCACUAUAAGUGGAUAUAGUGAUGCAAUUUUUCAAACUGACAAUGAUGAUUUUCAAUCGCAAUCAGGUUUUGUCUAUUGUCUCAAUGGAGCUGUAAUGUAUGGGAAACGCUCAAAGCAGAGUACAGUAGCUGACUCUAUAAUAGAGGCUGAGCACAUUGCAUUGUCCGAUACAGCUAAAGAGGUGGUUUGGAUUAGGAAGUUCAUUAAUGAACUUGGUGUGGUUCCAAGCAUUACUAAACUUGAUCCAAUACAGAUAUUUUGUGAUAACAAUGGGCCCAUUGCUUAG